AGAUGAAGCGAAUACACCUAACACCAUAACAAUAUCAAAGUUUACCCGAAAAGCCAAAGGGGUGGCCCCAUAUACCAUCCUUUACUUGCCACUAGUGGAAGGUAAUCCCAUUCUAAACAUUAUCCGUACACACUUUACUCUAGUUAGUAAUGCCACCCAUGUUACAAUAAUUUGAUGCUGGGGCACCUACUUUACAAGUUUCCAGACUAGAAUAACAUCAUUUUCAUUUUCUUCUCUUAUCAUAUAAGCUUUCUCCCAAAAAAUUGACGCAAAUCUACACUUGCACUGCCAACAAUGACCAAUCAAAACUCUGUUACAUGUUCUAUGUUGAUUGGUAUUUGUAAUUGAUCACUUUAAACCCUCAUUUUUGUGUCUUUAUAAACCCUUACACAACCCCCAAUUUCACCCCUUUCUUGUAGAAAAAGCAGAGCUUUUGCACAGAGAUUUAGACCCCCCAAAUUUGGAAUUAUUGAGAAUUUUUGUUGAUGUGGUCCCUUGUUUCUUGCAUCCCAAAGGAGGAUCAUGUUUAAGAACAGUGAAUAUUGAGUGAUUUUCUGGGGAAAUGAUGUUGGAAACUUAGAAUUUAGCAUCUGGGUCAAGUGGGUUGAGUUGGGUACUUUGAUUCUUGCUUCUAUUUCAGCUGAAAGUUUCCAUCUUUUUUUUGGGGGGAUUUUCUUUGGUUGAUUUGCAGCUUCAGUUCAGAUAUUUUACUGGGUUUCUUCACUUUGAAGCUUUCUUUUGCUAAAAGAUAUCAUUGUUGAUUUUACUUAUUAUUAAAUUUUAUCGACAUUCAACAAGAUGUCUUCCUCAACGCCAAGUCAGGGUUCCAACAAUUCGGGACGUUCAAAACACAGUGUUAGGAUUAUGGCUCAAACUAUUGUUGAUGCAAAGCUUCAUGCAGACUUCGAGGAGUCUAGUAGUGAGUUCGAUUAUUCCAGCUCGGUUAGAGCUACUACUAGCUCUAGUGCAGGAAAACAACCACCAAAAUCUGACAAGGUCACCUCAUCAUAUCUCCUCCAGAUACAGAAAGGAAAGCUGAUUCAGCCUUUCGGCUGCUUGCUUGCCCUCGAUGAAAAGACCUUUCGGGUGGUUGCCUAUAGUGACAAUGCCCCUGAAAUGCUAACAAUGGUUAGUCAUGCUGUCCCCAGUGUAGGCGAUCAUCCAGUAAUUGGGAUUGGAACUGAUGUAAGGACCAUUUUCACUGCUCCAAGUGCUUCUGCCCUGCAGAAGGCAUUAGGGUUUGCAGAUGUUUCACUAUUGAAUCCUAUCUUAGUUCAUUGCAAAACUUCUGGGAAGCCUUUCUAUGCAAUCAUCCACAGGGUGACUGGCAGCUUAGUCAUUGACUUCGAACCAGUGAAGCCGUAUGAAGUUCCGAUGACAGCUGCAGGUGCCUUGCAGUCUUACAAGCUUGCAGCCAAAGCAAUUACUCGUUUGCAGUCUCUGCCUAGUGGAAAUAUCAGUAGACUUGUUGAUACCAUGGUUCAGGAGGUGUAUGAAUUAACUGGAUAUGACAGGGUAAUGGCAUACAAGUUUCAUGACGAUGAUCAUGGGGAAGUUAUUUCAGAGAUUACAAAGCCUGACCUCGAGCCAUAUCUGGGCUUGCAUUAUCCGGCAACUGAUAUUCCACAGGCAGCACGGUUCUUAUUCAUGAAGAACAAGGUCCGCAUGAUUUGUGAUUGCCGUGCAAAAUAUGUGCAGGUGAUCCAAGAUGAGAAGCUUCCUUUUGAUUUAACUUUAUGUGGUUCAACUCUCAGGGCACCACAUGGUUGUCAUGCUCAAUACAUGGAGAAUAUGAACUCUAUUGGGUCGUUGGUUAUGGCUGUUGUUGUUAAUGAUGAGGAUGAAGACGACAAUGCCUCUGCUCCUCCACAGUCCCAAAAGAGGAAGAGGCUAUGGGGUUUAGUUGUCUGCCAUCAUACAUCUCCUAGGUUUGUUCCAUUUCCAUUGCGGUAUGCAUGUGAGUUUCUAGCUCAAGUAUUUGCAAUCCAUGUAAAUAAAGAACUAGAAUUGGAAAACCAAUUCCUUGAGAAGAAGAUCCUCCGUACUCAGACCCUCCUCUGUGACAUGCUGAUGAGGGAUGUUCCUUUAGGUAUAGUGACACAGAGUCCGAACAUAAUGGAUCUUGUUAAGUGUGAUGGAGCUGUCCUUUUAUACAACAAUAACAUAUGGAAAAUUGGAGUCACUCCAACUGACUAUCAAAUACGAGAUAUAGCCGUGUGGCUUUCCCUUGAUCAUCAAGAUUCCACGGGGUUGAGCACAGAUAGCUUGUAUGAUGCUGGGUACCCGGGAGCGCUUGCUCUUGGUGAUACUGUUUGUGGUAUGGCUGCUGUGCGGAUAACUUUGAAAGACAUGCUCUUUUGGUUCCGUUCACACACUGCUGCAGAGGUUAAAUGGGGUGGUGCAAAACAUCAGCCAGGUGAGAAGGAUGAUGGAGCAAAGAUGCACCCAAGAUCAUCGUUCAAGGCUUUCCUUGAGGUUGUAAAGAAUAGGAGUGUACCUUGGAAGGAUUUCGAGAUGGAUGCAAUCCAUUCAUUGCAGCUUAUUCUGAGGAAUGCAUUCAAGGAUAAGGAGGCGGCAGACUUGAAUACAUCUGUAAUCCAUUCUAAGAUAAGCGAUCUCAAGAUUGAUGGCUAUCGAGAGCUUGAAGCAGUGACUGGUGAGAUGGUCCGUCUGAUUGAAACAGCCACUGUUCCCAUUUUUGCAGUUGAUGCUGAUGGACUUGUUAAUGGUUGGAACACCAAAAUUUCUGAGCUGACUGGUCUUCCAGUUACAGAAGCUGUUGGAAAACAUAUCGCAGCACUUGUUGAAGAUUGUUCGAUUGAUACAGUCAGGAACCUCUUGCAGUUAGCACUCCAGGGAAAAGAGGAGAAAGAUGUUCAAUUUGAGAUCAAAAGACAUCAGUCAAUGGUAGACACAGGUCCCAUCAGCUUAGUUGUGAAUGCUUGUGCAAGCAAAGAUGUCAAUGGAAAUGUCAUCGGGGUGUGUUUCAUUGCUCAAGAUAUAACUGGUCAGAAAACAGUUAUGGACAAGUUUACACGAAUUGAAGGUGAUUACAAAGCUAUAGUACAAAAUCCAAAUCCCUUGAUUCCCCCAAUAUUUGGAACAGAUGAAUUUGGAUGGUGUUCAGAAUGGAAUCCUGCAAUGUCAAAGCUAACAGGAUAUAAGCGAGAAGAGGUUAUGGAUAAGAUGUUACUCGGGGAGGUUUUUGGGACCCAUAAAUCAUGUUGUCGUCUUAAAAAUCAAGAGGCAUUUGUAAACCUCGGUGUUGUACUCAAUGGUGCUAUGAGUGGCCAAGAUACCGAGAAAGUCCCAAUUGGAUUUUUCACACGUACUGGGAAGUAUAUUGAAUGUUUGCUUUGUGUUAACAAGAAGUUGGACAGAGAAGGUGCAGUCACUGGUGUGUUUUGCUUCUUGCAGCUGGCUAGUCAGGACUUGCAACAUGCACUCCAUGUACAACGAUUAGCAGAGCAAGCUGCUUCAAAGAGGCUAAAAGCAUUAGCUUACAUGAAAAGACAGAUAAGAAAUCCUUUAUGUGGAAUUAUGUUCUCUAGGAAGCUGCUUGAGGGUACCGACUUGGGAGAAGAGCAAAGGCUGCUUCUGCACACAAGUGCUCAGUGCCAACGCCAGCUUAACAAGAUCCUUGAUGAUUCAGACUUGGAUUGCAUCAUUGAUGGGUACCUUGAGCUAGAAAUGGUGGAGUUCUCUAUGCAAGACGUACUGGUUGCCUCAAUAAGUCAGGUGAUGACAAAGAGCAACGAGAAGGGAAUUCGAAUAAAGAGCGAGUGUGGAGAAGAGUGCAUGAGGGAAACCUUGUAUGGGGAUAGCGUAAGGCUCCAGCAAAUCCUGGCAGAUUUCUUGUUGAUCUCAGUGAAUUGUACACCUGCUGGAGGUGACGUUGGAAUUACAGUUCGCUUGAUAAAAGAUAAGAUAGGAGAAUCUGUACAGCUCGGGAAUUUGGAGUUUAGGAUAUUACAUACAGGCGGAGGAAUAUCAGAAGAAUUACUAGGCCAGAUGUUUGAGAGCACCGGAGAUGCAACAGAAGAUGGUAUUAGUCUGCUAAUAAGCCGGAAGUUAGUAAAGCUAAUGAACGGAGAUAUCCAGUAUCUAAGAUCUGCUGGGUCCUCGACUUUCAUCAUCUCGGUUGAACUUGCUGUAGCCGACAGAUUAACGCAAUAAUUUGAUAAGAGUUCAAAAUGGAGUUUUUUCGGUCUGUUUAACCACUCAAUAAGGGAAGAUGAGCUAAAACAACAAGAGAAACACAGGAAUGGACUAAAAUUUAGGUAGUCAGAAGCUUUACUGUCCCUGAGAAGUAGCCUUUUAUUUUUUUCUUUGUUGCUGUUGUCUUUUGCAAUUUUCAUCUUUGUUUUCUCUUAGAGUUGGCCUUCCAUAACUUUGUAUAUAUUGAAUGGCAAUCUCAUGUUUUGUUGGUUA